ACCUUUGUUCUUUUUCUCAAGAUUGCUUUGUCCUUGAAUUUCCUUUUUUUUUUUUUUUGAGUGUAUGUGGUUCUUUCCUCAGGUAACAAGAAAUGAAUGACAAUGGACAAAAACAAUGCAAGUUCUGAAGGCUACUUUGUUUUACUGGGUUUUUCUAAUUGGCCUCAUCUCGAGUUAGUUCUCUUUGUGGUUGUCUUGAUGUUCUACCUGAUGACGUUGAUAGGCAACCUGUUCAUCAUUAUCUUGUCACGACUGGACUCCCAUCUCCACACACCCAUGUAUUUCUUCCUCUCAAACCUCUCUUUUCUGGAUCUCUGCUACUCUACCAGCUUUAUCCCUCAGUUGCUAAUUAACCUCUGGGGCCCAGACAAAACCAUCUCUUACACUGGUUGCAUGGUUCAACUUUACUUUUCCCUUGCACUGGGAACCACAGAAUGUGUGCUACUGGUGGUGAUGUCCUAUGACCGUUAUGCAGCUGUAUGUAGACCCUUGCAUUACACUGUCCUCAUGCACCCUCGUUUCUGCCAUAUGUUGGCUGCGGCUUCUUGGGUGAGUGGUUUUACCAACUCGGCACUUCAUUCCAUCUUUACCUUCUGGGUACCCCUGUGUGGACAUCGCCAAGUGGAUCAUUUCUUCUGUGAAGUUCCAGCACUGCUGCAAUUAUCAUGUGUUGAUACCCGUGCCAAUGAACUGACCCUCGUGGUUAUGAGCUCCAUUUUUGUUCUCAUACCUCUCAUCCUCAUUCUCAGCUCCUAUGGUGCCAUUGCCCAGGCUGUGCUGAGGAUGCAGUCAACAACUGGACUUCAGAAAGUCUUUGGCACAUGUGGAGCCCAUCUUAUGGUUGUAUGCCUCUUUUUCAUUCCAGCCAUGUGCAUAUAUCUCCUACCAUCAUCAGGAAAGUCUCAAGAUCAAGGCAAGUUCAUUGCCCUGUUUUAUACUGUUGUCACACCUAGCCUCAACCCUCUAAUCUACACCCUCAGAAACAGAGAUGUAAGAGGGGCAGUAAAGAGAUUAAUGGGGCAAGAGUGAGCCUGUAUACUUGUGACAUUAACCAUAUAAUGGAGACUGUCUUCACCAAUGGUUCCUCCACCAUCCUUUCAUCAACCACUCUUUGAUUCACUCCCUCUAUCAGCACUUAUUGAUCUUGUGCUCUCAGGAGGUCACAGAGUUCGUGGUAGCAAAUGUGAAUUAAACAGUCUGCCUAAAUACCAAUCACUCACUAGUGGAAACAACAGCUAUGUGAAAUCAAGAGCAAACAUCAAUGUUAAAUUUUUUCAGUGCAUAAACUGAAUUAAAGAGUAUCUUUUUCUUAAUUGAAAAUGAGACAUGAAAUUGUUUUAAGAAUGGCUAAAAGAGCAGGUUAUAAUUCCUAUGGAGAGAUGAUAUUCUUAAUUUUAAGAAACCUAGAAUAAAUCUUUUAAUUUCUCGCCUUCUAGGCCAAAUUCAUCAUUAAAUUUGUCUUCUUUGGCUUAAUUAAAGAUAUAGGGAAAUACCUUAAGUCCUUUCUCCAACACUGUUAUUCUCUUUUGAAAGUAGUUAUGUUUGAGAGGAAUUUUGAUCUAUAUUCUUUAUUAUACCAUUAUUAACAGUGAGAGAACAAGUUUUAUGAAUCAUAGCAACAAGGCCUCUGAAAUAAUGCAGAAAAUGUAAGCAUUUCAUAUUUCUUAUUUUUCAAGGCAGUGAGAAGUGUAAAGGAGGUGGAAAUAUCUUUUAAAGCUGUGCUAUACAGCUUUAAAGUAACAAUCAUUAUACGUUAGAUAUUGUUAUGUGAAAUAAGGACUUGGAACACCUGUAUAACCCAAGAAGCAGUACAGAAUAUCUGAGGUGAGUGAGUACCAGGCUUUGAAAAAUGACUUGAUAAAUCUGACGGGUAGUUGAAAGAAUAACAUGAAAAUAUAUUGGGAAAAUUUUGUUUUAAAACCUGUAUGCAAAAUGUUAGUUUUUUUUUCUUUUUAAGCUUGAUCUGAUUUGAAUAUUUGUGGUUGGUAUGUACAUUAUGAAAAUCAACUUAUAUAUUUUCCA